CGUGGGAUUAUGGGUCCAGGUCUCUACUCCGACAUCGGCAAGAUGGCCAGAGAAUUGCUGACGUGGCCUUAUUCAUUAACACAGAAGUUCACCGUCACAACCCACACGGCAAAUGGAGUUGCCAUCAUUGCUUCAGGUACAAAGAAAAAUAAUUUCCUUUCGGGUGAGAUCCAGUCACAGCUGAAGAACAAGAAUGUUACAGUUGAUGUGAUAGCGAAUUCAGAAUCCAAUGUUUUAACCACAUUUACUAUUGACAACCUUGGAAUACCUAAGUUAAAAACGAUACUCAGUUGUGUUCUUCCAGAGAAAAGGCCUUGCAAGGUUGAGGUGCAGCACUUGCAUGAAAUUGCUAGUUUUACUACUAGUAUUGAAUUGACUGCCAAUCCCAUCAUUAACUUUUCUGGAGUGAUCGGUACCAAUAAAAUUGCUGUUGGUGCUCAUCUAUUACUGGAUACAACUAUUGGAGAGUUAACCAAGUACAAUCUUGCUCUUAGCAUCACCAAUGCCGAACUCAUUGCUUCAUUGCAUCUUUACAACCAAGGAGAUUUUCUGAGUGCAUCCUAUUACCAACUUGUGAGCCCACUCACAAACACUGCAGUUGGGGCCGAGCUGACCCACAAUUUUCCCAACAAUGAGAACACACUCACCUUUGGGGCCCAGCACUCACUGGAUCCUCUGACAACAAUCAAGGCUCAAGUUAACAACUUUGGCAAGGCCAGUGCACUCAUCCAGCACCAGUGGAGGCCUAAAUCUUUAAUAACUCUCACUGCUGAGGUGGACACAAAGGCAAUUGAGAAUAGCUCCAAGGUUGGGCUCUCCCUUCUGCUUAACCCUUAA